AUGACUGAUACAACAAUGGAAAACAUUCCAUGGUCACCUAAUUAUUAUUCUCCCGAUCCUCAUGCUUUUCAUCCUCAUCCAAUGCCUCCAGAAUCUAUUCCACCACCUCGCCAUUCCUCGUUUUCUGCUUUAAAUGACUUUCAAAAAAGGGGAGAAACACCUAAAAACAACAACAUUAUUGCUUCAACUUCCCAACAACAACCCCAAACCCCCCUUCAAUAUUCACAAGACCAACAACAAAGACUUAGAGAACAACGUAGAGCAAUGUAUUCACAAAAUAAAGUUCAGUAUUGGCAACAAUUCAGCCAGAUGUCGAUUCAAGACAGUGGGGUUCAUUCAAUGAGUCAUUCAACAGCACCGUCAGUCAUGUCGUCUAUUCACCCAGCCUCGUGUAUGUCUAAUGUCUCUUCUUUGCCGGAUGAUUUUUCUGGGUUGAAAGAACAUCCUUACUUUCAGGCAAGUUUUCAUAUCCCCAACACUUUUAAUCACGAGGAGCCUGAAAAAAUGCGGCAGGUUUUACCUGAAUUAAUACCACUUAUCAACGACGAGUCUGUGGACAUUGUUAAACGUGCACUUACAAUACUUAUAAGUGUUGCUAAAAAGGACAAAGAAUUUUGUACAUUACGUUCUCAAAUAGAUACUAGACCUUUAAUUGUCGAGAAGAGGCAAGUUACUCUUUAUGUUCUCAAAGCUUUAUAUUUUAUUUCUGAUAAUGAUCCUAGUGGACGUGAUUUAUUUGUUAAAACAUUAAAUGCCCAUGGAACUGAUUGCCUUGAGGAAUUGGUUCACUGCAUUGGCAUCCAAGACCCUUCUUGUUACAAAUUUGCCUUUCUUCUCCUACACAAUUUAAUGACUGAUGUUCGGAUAGGCCGGAAAGUUAUCGCUUACAUGUGUGAAAUGAGAAUAUUAACAAAAGUGUUGAGUUGGUUAUCUGACAAAAAUGAGAAAUUUUUAAGUAUUGUGACAGACAUUAUUUACAUGCUUUUAAAUAAAAAUACUGAACAAAUGGCUUUCUUUAUUGGCUUAAACGGACAUGAGAAACUUGUUAAUAUUCUGGCUAAUUCCCACCAAGAAAAUUUACUUUAUAGAGCUGUCAAAUUACUUAAUAGAGUUGUACAAAUAGAUCCAAACAAAAUAGUUUCCGCUGGCCUUUUGGAAGCUGCCCAAAAACACUUGGAUCACGCCAGUCAAAGAAUGUUAAGACAACUUUUGGAUUGUAUCAAGUUUGUCAGUCAUGUGCCUUCAGGAGACCGUGAUAUCCAUUUAUUAUUACAAAAAUUGCUUCAGUUGCUUGGUUGGAGAAUCUUUUGA